GGCGGCCAUGGCGGCGCUCCCUGCGCAGAGCCCGCCCUCCGCCGCGGGGAGGCGGCAGGAGCCAUGGCGGGUGCGGGGGCAGCGGGGGCACCCGGGCAGCAGGGCACGGCCGCCUGCCCCGCCGAGCCCCUCUCCGCGCCCGGCCAGGAGCGGGGGGGAACCAGAAAGGAAAGAAAACGUGUAGGAAGAAGCCGUCAUGACAGCUGUUCCAGUACUGCAGGAGCUGAUGGACAACUUCAGAACUGGAAGCUGAAAGCUGAGCAAGCUAAGAAACUUGAAUUCAUAAGGACUGCAGAAAAGCUAAAAACCCAGCUUGCAAAUGCAGAAAAAGACACAAAUGGACGUCUGUACAAUAGGAAGAGUGAUCUUAGGGUAGAAUACAGCAUACUAGAGGAGCUGGAACACAGCAUGACCAUCAGCAGGAAAACUGAAAAAGAUAAAGUCCUGCAGCAGCUAUCAAAAAUUCAAAGUAAUGUGAGGAGACUUCAGCAACAAUUAAAAGAUGUGAAGCCUACACCAGAAUUUGUUGACAAGCUCAAGGAAACAAUGGAAGAAAUUGAAAGUGCAAUCAGUGCUUUUAAAGAGGAACAGAGGCAAAUAUACGAACAGCUUUUGAAAGAGGAAAAAGCUGCCAUGAGUGAACUCAGUGCCUUAGAGAGAAAAGUGGAACUAUGGGUGCUAGGCAGCUCAACAGCAGAAAAAGUCUUGAAAUUACCAUCAGUUAACAAAACACUUGAAAAGCAUCUACCUGAGGAAGUAGUGGAGUUUGAAAGAUUUCUUCAGCAAACAGGAGGGCGGCAAGGAGGCUGGGAUGAUCACGAUCAUCACACUUUUCUGAAAGUGUGGACAAAACACAAAGGAAGGCUAUCUUACAUGGAUGAAGCCCUCGAGUAUCUCUCUGGACGAACAAAAGAAGAUAUUGAACAGCAUGACAAAUGGUAUCAAGAAUUUCUAAUUUUACAUGAAGGAAAGAAAAAGGCAAUUAAGAAGUGGAAAGAAAAGCAGCAGCAAGAAAAAGAAAGAAACUUGAAGGAGAAAGAAAAAUUGGAAAAAAUGUUCAAGGAAGAGUGGCUACAGCAUGAAGAAGCUCAUAAGCGAAAAGCAGAAGAAGAAAGACAAAGACAACGAGCAGCAAUUGAAGCAUGGAAGAAACAGAAAGCAUUAACACUUGCAAUGGAACAAGUGUCACAACUAAAACUAGAAGAGAAGGCAAAAAAGCAACAAAAAGAACACCAGCGCCAUUGCCACACAAAGCUACUGCUGGAAAAGUAUAGCUUGCAGAAGAAAGAAAAGGAGAAGCUUGAAAAGCUUGAAAAGCCCAAGAGAGAGGAAGCUGAAAAGGAGGAAAUGAAGAGAAUUGCUGCAGAAGAAAUCACUAAGUUUCAAGAGCGUGAUCUACAUAAACUGGAGCUAAAUAUUUUACAGAAACAAGCUAAGGAAGCAGAGAAACGAGAGAAAGAAAAAAGGUUGGCAAAGUUAAGACAGAAGGUAAGGGGGAAUCAUAGAAUGUCCUGAGCUGGAAGGGACCCACAAGGAUCAUCACAACUCCUGUCCCUGCAGAGGACACCCCAACAUUCACAUCAUGUGUUUGAGGGCAUUGUCCAAACACUUCUGGAAUAUUGUCAGGCUUGGCACAGUGACUGCUUCCCUGGGGAGCUGUUGCAGCGCUCCACCACCCUCUGGGUGAAGAACCUUUUCCUAAUAUCCAACUUAAUAUGCCUCUGGCACAUCUUUCUGCCAUUCCUUCAGGUCCUGUCACUGGUCACGAGACAGAAGAGAUCAGCACUUGCUCUUCCUCCUCCUCUUCUGAGGGAGCAGUAAACUGCCAUGAGGUCUCUCCUCAGUCUCCUCCAGGCUGAACAGAUCAAGUGACUUUAGCUGCUCCUCAUAUGGCUUCUCCUCUAAGCUCUUCACCAACUUUGUGGCACGUCUUAACCCUUCACCAAUUCUGUGCCCUCCUCUGGACACUCUCCAGUAGCUUUAGAAGGAGGUGAACGAUGAUGUGUAGUGUCACAGAAGUACAUUUUGUUACAGAUGUUCGUAGUGUUUUGCCCUUUUUUUUUCAGAGCUGUCCCAAUCUGGGGAGAAGGGCUGUAGAUGAGCACCUGCCUGACCCUGUUGCAGGAUGAUGACUGCUGCGCCUGUGAGAAUCACAGAGUGGUUUGGGUUUGGAAGGAACCAUGAAAGUCAGAUGCAGUGAGCAGGGGCAUCUUCGACCAGAUCAGGUCGCUCAGAGCCCCAUCCAACCUGAUCUUGAUUGUUUCCAGGAAUGAGGCAUCUACAACCUCUCUGGGCUACCUGUGCCGGUGUUUCACUAUCCUCAGCAUAAAACAUUUCUUCCCGA